AUGGUUGAUUGGCGUGCGGUUGCGAAAGAACGACGAGCAGCGCAAGCCGCCCUCAUCCCGCCGGAGCUGCGUCUCAAAAGCAUCCCCGACGGCCUCGUCAAUGCCGUCGAGUUUGUCGAGUCGUGCGGUCUGCUUUCCGCCGAGGAGCUGCAGCUGACGGCCAUGACCGACGCGCGCGCCUUGGUCGAGAAGCUGGCGUCCGGCGCCAUCUCGAGCGUGAGGCUGACGACUGCUUUCAUCAAGAGAACCGCCAUCCUGCAGCAGUUGAUCGGCUGCUGUACCGAGAUCUUCUUCGACGAGGCCAUCGAGCGGGCGAACAAGCUUGAUACCCACCUGGCCGAGACGGGGAAGCUUGCCGGGCCGCUGCACGGGGUGCCAGUGUCGGUGAAGGACGGGUUCAAUGUCAAGGGUGUGGACACCGCUGUUGGCUGGGUUGGACUCGUUGGCAAGCCAGCCGCGGAGAACGGCCCCGAAGUCGACUCUCUGCUCGGGCUCGGGGCAGUGAUUUACUGCAAGACCAACAUCCCGCAGUCGCUGAUGAUGUCCGACUCGUACAACCACGUCUUCGGCCAGUCCGUCAACCCCUUCAACCGCACCCUCAUCUCGGGCGGCAGCUCCGGCGGCGAGGGCGCCCUCGUCGGCGGCCGCGGCAGCGUGCUGGGCAUGGGAACCGACAUCGGUGGCUCCGUCCGCAUCCCCGCCGGCCUCCAGGGGCUGUACGGCCUCAGCCCGACCAUCGGCCGCGUGCCAUUUCUCAAAUCAGCGCGGGACCAAGAGUACGUCGUCCCGCCCGUGGCCGGCCCGCUCACCCACAGCCUUCCCACCCUAGAGCACUACCUGGACAGCCUUUUGGCCGCGCGCCCGUGGGAGACGGACCCGCGCCUCUUCCCCAUCCCGUGGCGCAAGGAGCUGGCGACGGCGCCGCCCGAGGGUCGGCGGUUGAAGCUGGCUUUUGUCUUCGACGACGGCGUCGUCAAGCCGCAGCCGCCAGUAACGAGAGCGAUUCGGGAGGCGGCGGACAGAGUGAGAGUCGCCGGCCAUGAAGUUGUCGAGUGGGACACCAAGAAGCAUGAAGAAGGCGUGCGGCUGUGGUUCAAAGCGGUCCAGGCGGAUGGCGGAAAGGGGUGUAGGGAGCUCUGCUCGCUGGUCGGCGAGCCGUUGAUCGAGGGCAUGGUCGUCGGGAAAGAAAGUGACUAUCUCGACGUCGCGGCUCGUCAACAGCUCUCGCUUGAGAAACUGCAGUACGAGAGGGACUUCCUCGCGCAAUGGAACGCGGCGGGCAUCGAUGCCAUCGUCAUGCCUCUCUUCCCUUGGGUCAACUACAAGCCCAAGACGUGGGUCAAGUCCAAGCAGUGGCUUGGGUACUCUGCGCUGUGGAACCUGUUGAACUAUGCCGCCCUGGCCGUUCCCGCCACGAGGGUCGCUGCGGAGCUGGACCAGCCUGGGGAAGAGUGGAAGAAUCAUGUGCCGCGGAACGAAUCGGACAGGUUCAAUCAUGAACAAUAUGAUGUCAAUCUGGUCAAUGGUAUGCCCGUGGGGCUGCAGAUUGUCACCGGUAGGUUCGGGGAGGAGAAGGCUGUUGCAAUCGCAAAGAUAUUGGAAAGUCUGAGGUGA